AUGAGAAUAUUGAUGGUUGGACUUGAUGCUGCUGGUAAAACGACCAUUUUAUAUAAACUAAAAUUAGGAGAAAUUGUUACAACUAUUCCAACUAUUGGUUUUAAUGUUGAAACUGUAGAAUACAAAAAUAUUAGUUUCACCGUUUGGGAUGUUGGUGGACAAGACAAAAUUCGACCAUUAUGGAGACAUUAUUUCCAAAAUACACAAGGCCUAAUUUUUGUUGUUGAUAGUAAUGAUCGUGAGCGAAUUGGUGAAGCACGUGAUGAACUUCAACGUAUGUUAGCUGAAGACGAAUUAAGAGAAGCUGUUUUAUUAAUAUUUGCCAACAAACAAGAUUUGCCAAACGCCAUGAAUGCAGCUGAAAUAACGGAUAAAUUGGGUUUACAUGCAUUACGUAAUCGUAAUUGGUAUAUACAAGCAACAUGUGCAACAAGCGGAGAUGGACUUUAUGAAGGUCUUGAUUGGCUUUCAAAUCAAUUAAAAAAUGCAAAAUAA